AUGUCAUCCGACUCUUCCAAUAUUUUGGUCGUGAAACGAAGCCAAGAACGAGAGCCCUUCUCCAAUGAGAAGAUUAGAAUUAGACUCCAAGACCAUGUGAAAGGUCUCGAGCAUAUUAAUAUGGACUCGAUUGUGGAAAAAUUGAGAUCCGAAAUCCACAAUGAUAUUACCACAGAGAAACUCGACAACCUUCUCGCAGAAUGUAUUGCCUAUAUGGCUUAUAGCCAUCCUGAUUAUUUGAGACUUGCUGGACGAGUGAAGAUUUCAUCUCUCCACAAGAAGACAAAGGCCACCUUCUCUGAAGUAAUUUCCGAUUUACGUAAUUUCAUUCAUCCAAGAACUGGAUUGCCAUCUCCAUUGAUUUCCGAAGAGGUUUUCAAUGUUGUUCAGCAACACAGCGAAACUCUCAAUGCUGCUGUCAAGACUGAGAGAGAUUAUCAAUUUGACUACUUUGGCUUUAAGACUCUUGAAAGAAGCUACUUGCUGAAACUAGGAGAUGUCAUUGCCGAACGUCCUCAACACAUGUUCAUGCGUGUGAGUUUGGGUAUUCAUGGCUCCGAUGUUGAGAAGGCUAUUGAAACCUAUGAAUUACUCAGCACUGGUAUGUUCAUUCAUGCCUCUCCAACUCUCUUCAAUGCAGGUACUCCAACUCCUCAAAUGAGUUCUUGCUUUUUGGUGGCCAUGAAGGACGAUUCCAUCUCGGGAAUUUAUGAUACCCUCAAGACUUGUGCUUUAAUUUCCAAGAGUGCUGGAGGUAUUGGUCUCUCUGUUCACAACAUUCGUGCCUCAGGCUCUUACAUUAGAGGUACCAACGGAACUUCUAAUGGACUCAUUCCCAUGCUUCGUGUUUUCAAUGAUACUGCCCGAUAUGUCGAUCAAGGAGGUGGCAAACGAAAGGGAGCCUUUGCCGUUUAUUUGGAGCCUUGGCAUUCCGAUAUUUUUGAUUUUUUAGAUUUGAGAAAGAAUACAGGCAAGGAGGAAAUUCGAGCUCGAGAUUUGUUUUUGGGUUUGUGGGUCAAUGACUUGUUCAUGGAACGUGUUAAGGAGGAUGGAAAUUGGUCUCUCUUUUGCCCAAAUGAAGCUCCAGGACUUGCCGAUACCUGGGGUGAGGAAUUUAAUCAAUUAUACACUCGUUAUGAGAAUGAAGGUCGUGCUCGUCGUGUGAUUCGUGCCCAAGAGCUCUGGUUUGCUAUUAUUGAAGCACAAAUUGAGACUGGUGUUCCUUACAUGCUUUAUAAGGAUUCUUGCAAUAGAAAAUCGAAUCAGCAAAAUCUUGGUACCAUCAAGUCUUCGAAUUUGUGUACAGAGAUUAUUGAAUAUACAGCUCCUGAUGAAGUCGCGGUGUGUAACUUGGCCAGUAUUGCUCUUCCAAAAUAUGUCAAUGAGACGACUCGAACCUACGACCAUCAACGAUUGUUUGAAAUUGUCAAGAUUGCUACCAAGAAUUUGAACAAGAUCAUUGACAAGAAUUAUUAUCCAGUUGAGGAAGCCAAAAAGAGCAAUAUGAGACAUCGUCCUAUUGGUUUGGGAGUUCAAGGAUUGGCUGAUGCCUUUAUCAAGAUGCGUCUCCCAUUUGAAAGUGAAGAAGCCAAGGUAUUGAAUCGAGAAAUUUUCGAAACGAUUUAUUUUGCUGCAUUGACUGCAAGUUGUGAAGUUGCCAUGGCUGAGGGACCUUACGAGACGUAUGCAGGAAGUCCAAUGAGUAGAGGUAUUUUCCAACAUGAAUUUUGGACCUCUCAAGGUGAGCCUUUCGAAGGAAAAACCAUCACAAGUGGAAGAUGGGACUGGGAAGGUUUAAGACAACAAAUUCUCAAGUUCGGAGUUCGUAACAGUUUGUUGGUGGCGCCAAUGCCAACCGCUUCCACCAGUCAAAUUUUGGGCAAUAACGAAUGUUUUGAACCAUAUACUUCGAAUGUGUAUACGAGACGUGUUCUGAGUGGUGAAUAUCCAGUGAUUAAUAGACAUUUAGUGUCUGAUUUGAUUCAAUUGGGAAUGUGGAAUCCAACGACUGUGAAUCAAAUUAUUGCCAAUAGAGGUUCUAUUCAAAACAUUGAUGGAAUUCCUGACGACAUUAAGGAAUUGUACAAGACUGUUUGGGAAAUCAAACAAAAGAGUUUGUUAGAUCUUGCUAUUGAGAGAGCUCCAUUCAUUGAUCAAUCUCAAUCACUCAAUGUCUUUAUUGCAACUCCAUCCAUCUCGAAAAUGUCUUCCAUGCACUUUUAUGCUUGGAGUAAGGGUUUAAAGACUGGCAUGUAUUAUUUGAGAACACAACCAGCUGCAGAUGCCAUUCAAUUCACAGUGGAUCCAGCCAUGAUGAAGCAAAACAGUAGUGUCUCGACUGCUGCUGAUCAAGAGCAAGAAAAGCCAGCAUCCUCCACUCAAGAACAAGUUAUUGUGUGCCGAAGAAAGAGAGGACAACCAACCACUGGUGAUGAAGAAGAAUGUUUGGUGUGUGGUGCUUAA